AUGCCUCCGCCCGAAUCUCGCCCCCUCCUCCUCUCCCAGAACCGCAAGCUUCGUCACCUCCGCGGCAUCUAUCUCCGAAACCUCAGCUUCGUCCGACCCCGAGGCCGUACUAUCGACGACACCCUUCUAAAUGCGACGCCCGCCAAGAUCGAAGCUCUUCGCGAUACCCCUCAUCUCCACCAUGCUCUCUCGAGCGACAACAUUCGCCCCAAGGCGCCACGGCGCAGGAGCACCGCCCUCGCUCAGGCCAGUCCUCUGACGAGGCAGCGCAUGUUGCAAUUGACUGUCGACGGUAGAGCUGCCGACGUGUUCUUUUCCCUGCACUGCGAGGACGAGGAGGAGCCUGUCUACAUCUCUGAGCUGAAGGAGCACGCGACUAUUUGGGCCAAGCGAACCUCGUGGACGUUGCUUCUCGAAGAUAUUAUCGACCUCCGAAGUCUACACUUCAUCGGCAGCCUUCAGAACCACAAAUUCCCUCCCAAUGCCCUUAUCUUUCACCUGGCCGACGGCGUGUACUCGUUGGAUGUCUUGGGAAAGCCGGCGCAUCCCAAAGACCUUCCGCCGCUCCAUACAUCUUCCUACAAUGCCCUCAUGAAGCUCGCGACGCUCGACAACUCCAUCCAGGAUGCUAUUGCCACUCAGGAACAGAUCACCUCCCAGAUUAACGAUAUACUCGAAACAAUACCCCACGAUGAGGCUCCCGCGGCCGAAGAGAAGGUGAAAUUGGCGCGCAAAUACGUGGCGGCAGAGCAGCGUGCCCUCAAAGCGUCCGAGAAGCGCCGCGAAGAGCUACGGGAGUCGCUAAAGGCGCGCAGAGAAGCCAUUGCGAACGGGCGUUCCCUCCAGGAUAAGGCAGAGAAGGACGUGGCCAACGCGACGGAGCACCUUGCCGCCUCCAAGGCCCUGCUUUCUGACACCCAAGGCCAGAUACGCGGGCAGCGACGUCGCAUAUGCUCCGACCUGGCACACAUCUAUCAGAUCCUUCCAACCCCCUCCGGCGGUCCUCUCAACUUCCAAGUCGCGGGUUUGCCGCUCCCUAAUUCAGAGUACGACACAUCUGCGUCCCGGGGCGCGGAUGAUGAUCUUUUGUCCGCCGCCCUCGGCUACGUUGCAAGCCUCACAGACCACUUGCAGUACUACCUCUGCGUCCCUUUGCCGUACCCCAUCACACCCUUCGCCUCGCGCUCCUCCAUCCGAGACGACAUCUCCCUCCUGACCGACCUCAACUCCGCUCAAGCCGCCAGACAGCGCGACUUCCCACUCUACAUUCCGCGCGGAGGGUCAACAGCAGCCCACUACCGCUUCGACUAUGGCUGGUUCCUCCUCAACAAGAACAUCGAAGCCCUCUGCGCCAGCCAGGGCCUCAAAGUCCCAGACAUACGCCAGACGCUGCCCAACCUCAAAUACCUCCUUUACGUAUGCAGCGCCGGCACCGACGAGCUGCCCGGUCGCAAGGUAGGCGGCGUUCGCGGCCUCUGGGCUGGCCGCUUUUCAGGACGCACGGCAUCCUCCGUCAGGGGAGGCGACGGGGACACGAGCAGCAUUGGCGACGGGAGUCGCCGCGGUAGCAACGACAGCGAGUAUCUCAGCCGCCAACGCGAUGAGCUCCGGAAGGCCCUGGCUGCGAGGGAUGACGCCGCCUCGCCGGAGCUUCCCUCUUUUUCACCUGCAGGUCUACCGUUUGAUGAGGGACAGAUGAAAUUGUCACUUCGUACCAAGGGUAUGAGAGAAAACGUUGGGACUUGA